GUUCCCAGGAAGAGGGCAGCUGAGGGACCAGACAGAUUUGAGGAGGGAGGGAAGCCUCUGUGCCUGCUGCCAAAACGAUCUAAUGUAAACAAACUAGUAAGCCAAUAACAACUGGUUUAUGAUGAAGCAGAAUGCAGAUGCUAAACUACCAAAGAAGAAAGUUUUAAUGAAAUUAAGAAAGCCCAAAAUAACUGCUUCAAUAUGGUCCUCAGGGAAAAUUAUUUGCACUGGAGCUACAAGUGAAGAAGACUCUAAGUUGGGAGCCCAGAGACUUCCAUGGUGUCUACAGAGACUAGGUUUUAAGGUGAAAUUUACAGAGUUUAAAGUAUGCACAAUGCCAUUUGAAAUCAGACUACCAGAGUUUACAAAGAGCAACAGACCCCUGGCCAGUUAUGAGCCAGAGUUUCACCCUGCAGCCUUUUAUAGGAUUAAAAAUCUUAAAGCUACACUAUAGGUCUUCUCAACUGGAAGUAUUACAGUAACAGCACCAAGUGUACAGUUUAUCGCCACCGCUAUUGAACAGACCUAUCCACUGGUGUUUGAAUGCAGAAAGACCUGUAUAUAAACAGGAGAAAAAUAAUAUAUAUAUAUAUAUAUAUAUAUAUAUAUAUAUAUAUAUAUAUAUAUAUAUAUAUAUAUAAUAUAUAGAUAUAUAUAUAUAUAUAAUUAAAAAAAAGCAUCUUCUUUACUUCUAGUUUCCUGGAAAUUACAUUGAAUACAUUGCAGACUGGGUGCUACAGUACUUUGCAACUAUUCAUGCCAGUGAUACAAUUGUUUUUAUUAAUAAUAUUGUAUUGUUCAGUGUUUACAUGAUAUAAUCCUGCUGCUUUCAAAGACUUAUCUGUUAUUGCAGUAAUAUAUUGGUUCAUUAACAGGGCUGUAAUGAUGUGCACUACUUGUAAAACAGUCAUGUGCUGUAUGUGAGCUUGUGGAUUUUAUUUGAGAAUUGUCUUCAUAUUUUAAUGCAUGGACACCAAAGAAACAAGCCUUUCCAUUUGGUUUUAUCGAUACUGUUCCAAUACAGCACCUUUUCUCUACAUUCUUUUGACUGUCAAAUACAAAUGUUUAAAGUAACUACAUUUUUUGUUUUUUUUUAAUUUGAAUAAGUGAUUUAUUUAGAAAACUUGUACUCAAGUAUAAAACUAGAGAUUAUUAAACAGGUUUUAGACCAUACAAUUAACCUUUCCCCAUAUUUAUCCAAAUUGCCACCCUGAAUAUUUGUAUAUCUAAGGUAGUACCUUAUGCUUCUUUAAUAAUAGAGCACCUUAUGGGUUGUGGCUCUUGACUGACAUUACCAAGGAAACCUUUUUGCAGUACGUUUAUAAAGACACCAUACAAUAUUAAUAAAAUAUUUUAAAUACA